AUGAAGUACAUUGUGAAGGAUUCCCGAACGAAGGAGAAGCUUAAGAAGUGGGCUGGAGAGCGGGAACUCACUAUGGAAUAUUUUUUCUUCUGGAAUAGUGGCAACCCAGAUCAAUGCUCUCAAACCGGGCUAUUCAGAUCCCUGCUCCACUAUCUGCUCAGGAAGCAUCGUAGCUCGAUUAAGGACGUUUUUCCUGAAUUGUGGAAUAAUCUAAGCAACCCAAAUGUACCAGUCAUUUUGCGAGCUUGGACUGUUCCUUAUGCGUUUGAGGCAUUGAAGGAUCUGAUUUCCCGAGAUCUAGGAAAGGUGGCCCUCUUCAUCGAUGGACUCGAUGAAUAUCAAGGAGCUUCCGACCAUUACUCGAACUCUGAGCGCCAUGAAAUGACUACAGGGAGGUCAUUUGCCGCAUCAAGUCUCUCACUUCGCUGGAUCGGGCCAAUGUCAAGAUCUGCUUCUCAAGUAGACCUUAUCAGAUCUUCCACAAGCACUUCGACCAACAAUCAAAGCUCAGCCUUCAACAUCUCACGUACAGUGAUAUCUACCGAUACACAGAAGACAAGCUAUUGGGCGGCACUGCGAGAUUAG